CUCUCUCUUUAUCUCUCUUUCUUUCUCCUUCAAUCCUCUAAAGCUGCAUCUUCACUAAAUCAAGAACCUGCACGUACAAAAGAGAGCUGCUUCUAUCUAGCUAGCUUUGUAGAAAAGAAAAGGCAAAAGGGAGCUGGGAAGGUGAGGUAGCCAUUCUUGCAAGUUUUGUUGAGAGAGAAUACAAUAUAUAAAAGAAAGAAGGUGAAAACAUGCCCUUAGAAGGGGUUUUCAUUGAACCCUCCUCUCGUUCUAACCCUCUUCCCGAUCUUUCUCUCCACAUUAGCCCGCCCAACAACACCAUAUCGUCUUCCCGGCCGUCGUCUUGUAUCAAUGAAUUGGUAGCCGCCGCCGCCGGAUUCGAUCUUCCCACCAACCACCGCCGCCACCGUCAAACGGACAACAACACUAGUACCUCCGCCGCCGCCGCCGUGUACCCGGAGCUGUCGUUGGCGAACCCGACCGCCACCGCAGCGGAGGAGAACCGGUUCUUGAGAACCGGGAGGGAACAACAACAACAACAUCAGACUUUACAAACUUAUCCUCAACCUUAUCAUCUCCAAACGCAUACUUUUCAACAGAAUAAUAGUAAUAGUAAUAACAGCAGUUGCAGCCAGAUGAGCAACAUAAAUCAUGGGGUUUCACUGUUGGAUGUAUCCGACGGUUUGCGGCCCAUCAAGGGCAUCCCGGUGUAUCAGAACCGUUCCUUCCCUUUCCUCCCCAUGGACCGAGAAAACAAGGAUCCCAGCAAGAUGUGCUUCUACCCAAUGCCGCCGCCGCCGCCGCCUACCGCCUCCAUUUCCCACUCUCCUUCCCCCUUCUUUAACCCCGUCGUCGAUCAUCUAUCCCUCUUGAACAACCCCUCUCCUUCCUCCUCCUCCUCCUCCGCCGCCGCCGCCGCAGCAGCUUACCGGAGAUUCAACGGCCUCUCUUCCGCUUACCAGCUGCCCCACAACCAGUACGGCGGAGUUGGAAUCGGAGCCACCGCAGCUUCUCACCACCAUCACCACCACCCUCACCACGAUGCUCCGCCGUCUCACGGGAUGAUGAUGAGAUCGAGAUUUCUCCCUAAGCUUCCCGCGAAGCGAAGCAUGCGGGCCCCCAGAAUGCGCUGGACCAGCACCCUCCACGCCCGCUUCGUCCACGCCGUCGAGCUCCUCGGUGGCCAUGAAAGGGCAACUCCAAAAUCAGUACUGGAACUAAUGGAUGUCAAAGAUCUCACUCUAGCUCAUGUGAAGAGCCAUUUGCAGAUGUAUAGAACUGUUAAAACCACUGACAAGCCUGCUGCUUCCUCAGGGCAAUCCGACGGGUCCGGAGAAGAAGAUCUCACCGUGCUGGGAAGCACCGCCGCAGGCGGCGGCGGGAUUCGGCUCAUGGAUCAAAGAGGGCAUCCGGCGGCGGCGGUGGCGGAUGGGUCGUCGGAACCGGAUUUCCCUAACUCCACAACCACCACUCUAUGGAGCAACUCUUCAAGCAGAGAAGCAUGGCUACAAACUAAUAGUUCCCAGGAGAGCAAUGGGUUGAUCAGAUCAUCAUCCUUUCCAACACAACAAAGAUGUGGUCACCCAAUCGACGACUGUGAAAAGAACCCUAGUUUGGAAUUCACAUUAGGCAGGCCAGACUGGGUCCAAAAGGAGCGUGACUAAAACAACAUUAUUGAACCAAACCGAGCUACUCGAUCAAUCCACUAUCCGCUAUCGUCUGGUUUUGGGUUUUACUAAUUAGGUUAUUCUUUUUGUUUUACUUCUUCCUUUUGGUUUUUUUGGGAAUGAAUUGAAAAAAAAGGAAUGCAUUAUUCGAUAUAUAUAAAUAUAAAAAAGAGGUAUUUCUAGCUUGAACUGCUCCAUCCCAUAUAUAUAUAUAUAUAUACUUGCAUUCUCAGCCGACAGACAGCCAAGGUUUUAACAUACUAAAACAGCCAUGCACGUAAACCUCCUCCUCCUCCUCUUUGUAGUUUUCUUUUCCCUUAUUUUUUGUUUUUGGCUUCGUCUGCUGAAUUACUAGCUUAGCUGAAAUGCAGUUUGAAGAUAUAUAUAUGGGAGAGGGGGGGAGGGUGAAGAAGAUGAUGUAUGCAUGGCGGAGUAUAUAUAUUUUGCUAAUGUUUGAGGUCAAGGAGAUUUUCAAUACAAAGAAGAAUUGAGUUUUUGGAAAUGAAGAUAAUGUUGUCUGCUGACAUUAA